AUGUCUCAAGUUGAGAAUGGGCUGAGACCAGAGAUCAAACAAGGUAUUGGAUACCAACAAAUUCGUAGGUAUGCUGAAUUGGUGAAUAAAAGUAGAAUCUAUGAUGAGGAUAAUAGAACUCGGUCUGCUUACUAUAAGAGUAUUAGUGAGAAGAAAUGGAAGGGACAAUUUAGAGGGAAACCUUAUGUAACUCCAGUUGACAAAGGGAAGCAGAAGGCUUUAGAUGGGAAGAAGACAAGUGGGGGAGGGCCCCCCGCUUCUGUCAAGUGCUUCAAGUGUGGUGGGUUGGGACACUGUGCUAAUGAAUGUAAUAAUAAGGUUCUGAGAUGUUACAAUUGUGGAAAAACGGGUCACCGUGUUGCAGAGGUCAUAUCAGUACACAUAUGUCAGAAGCCAAAGAAGACGGCCGCUACUGCUGCCCAGAUUAACGGUAGAGUGUUUACCUUGAGUGGUUCAGAGGUUCCCAAGACAGAUAACUUGAUCAAAGGUACUUGUUUCAUUAACAACAUUGAGUUAAUUGCUAUUAUUGAUACUGGUGCUACUCAUUCGUUUAUUUCUCUUGAGUGUGCUACGGGGUUGGGUUUAAAAUUAUCUCUUUUGGUUGGGAGUAUGGUUAUCGAUACCCCGACUAAUGGUUCAGUGACUACUGCCAAAACCGUGAGGUUCCCAGAGUUUGGUGAUUGUGGAGAGCUGAUGUUUUUAUCCGCUAAGCAAGUAGAAGAACUCUUAGAAGAUGAGGCUCAGAUGUUUGCAAUGUUUUCAUCAUUGCAAGUCAACAAUAAGGCUGCAAGUGUUGAUAUGCCUAUUGUGUGCAAUUUUCAAGAUGUAUUUCCAAAUGAUAUUAGUGACUUGCCACCAGAGUGUGAGAUUGAGUUUUCCAUUGAUGUGGUACCUGGUACUAAUCCUAUGUCAAUGGCUCCGUAUAGGAUGUCAGCUUCAGAAUUGGGUGAAUUGAAGAAAUAG